GGAAAAAGCGGCGGUCGCACGUUCGGUCGCUCCAGCGGGGGAGAGCCAGGCGGCGAGCCGGGGCUGGGCAGGCAGGCGCCGCGCGUGCGCAGAGGUGUGGCCGGGGAAGGUGCGCUGAGGCGAUUUGGAGGCGCAGCGCCCGGGAGUUGAGAUGUACCUGUGACGUAAGGACAUUCCCAGGCUAGGGGUUGAAUCAGAGCUGCAGCUGAAUCCUGUACCACAGCCAUAGCCACACUGGAUCUGAGCUGCAUCUGCAACUUAUGCCACAGCUUGAGGCAAUCACUGGAUCCUUACUGAGCGAGGCCAGGUUUCAAACCAUGUGUGCUCAGUACUGCAUAUCCCUUGCUGAUGUUGAAAAAGCGCACGUCAACAUUCGAGAUUUUAUCCACCUCACACCAGUGCUAACAAGCUCCAUUUUGAAUCAAGUAACAGGGCGCAAUCUUUUCUUCAAAUGUGAACUCUUCCAGAAAACUGGAUCUUUUAAGAUUCGUGGUGCCCUUAAUGCAGUCAGAGGCUUGAUUUCUGCCACUUCAGAAGAGAAGCCCAAAGCAGUUGUUACUCACAGCAGUGGAAACCACGGCCAGGCGCUCUCCUAUGCUGCCAGAUUGGAAGGGAUUCCGGCUUAUAUUGUAGUGCCCCAAACAGCUCCCAACUGUAAAAAAUUGGCAAUACAAGCCUACGGAGCCUCUAUAGUGUACAGUGGAAACAGUGAUGAGUCCAGAGAAAAUGUUGCAAAAAGAAUUGUGGAAGAGACAGAAGGGACCAUGGUACAUCCCAAUCAGGAGCCUGCAGUGAUAGCUGGGCAGGGGACAAUUGCCAUGGAAGUGCUGAACCAGCUCCCCUUGGUAGAUGCACUGGUGGUACCGGUAGGAGGAGGAGGAAUGGCUGCUGGAAUAGCAAUUACAGUGAAGGCUCUGAGACCUAAUGUGAAGGUAUAUGCUGCUGAACCCUUGAAUGCAGAUGACUGCUACCAGUCCAAACUGAGAGGAGAACUGACCCCCAAUCCUCAACCUCCAGACACAAUAGCAGAUGGGGUCAAAUCCAGCAUUGGCCUAAACACCUGGCCUAUCAUAAGGGACCUUGUGGAUGAUGUCUUCACUGUCACAGAGGAUGAAAUUAAGUAUGCAACCCAGCUGGUGUGGGAGAGGAUGAAACUGCUUAUUGAACCUACAGCUGGUGUUGGAGUGGCUGCUGUGCUGUCUCAGCAUUUUCAAACAGUUUCCGCAGAAGUAAAGAACAUUUGCAUUGUGCUCAGUGGUGGAAAUGUAGACUUAACCUCCCUAGCUUGGAUGAGGCAGGCUGAAAAGCCAGCUCCUUAACAUUCUGUUUAAUAUGUGCAAAAGGACAAAAAGGGAUUCAAUGUCUAGAACAGACACCUGGAAAUUCUGUCUCCUGGUCACUGUCAACUUCCUAAUCUUCCCCUCUUAAACACCUGUCAAACUCCUGAUGUAGAAUGACAUUUCAGUAAGAUUUAAUAGUUUUCAGACUAAGUAGGGAUAGAAAAACAUCGAUACUUAACUGAGACACCUUGUUAAGGCUAAGAAAGUCUUCUGCAAAGAGGAGUAGAGACCCCUAAGCCUAUGCAGAAAACAAACUGUCCAGUCACAACCUACGGGCUCCCACCCCCAGAGUGCUAACUGGCAGCAACAAGACAGAAGCCCACAGAAUCCAUUAUUCCAUGUCCUCUUCAGGUACUGUUGAAGAGAUCUCAUUUUUCACCCAAGGUACUGGAUCCGGUACAUAUGGAUCAUAAGUCCAUUUGGGGAAAACUCGUUUAUAGAGGUUCAUCAGUACUGUGUCCUGAGAUUUUAGCUUCCCAUCAAAACUGCACUUCAUGUGGCCAUGAGUACCUAGAAAGAAAACAGAGCUAGUUGGUCAAAUUGAAACAGAACAAUUUUAAAGCAGUGGCCUUUUAACCCAAUCAUCAUUUAGUAGCACUGGGGAAAUCUAAACAAGAUCCCAAAUCCCACAUUCUCUUACCUAAAGGCUCCUUGAUGUAUCCCCUACGUCCCCACUUUGUUCUCAGUUCCACUGGUUUAAACCACAGCACAUCCUCUUAGAAUGAAACACACACAGAAGACCAAGAUGAAACAUUUACCCACAAAAUUAAACCCAACCUCACCCCACAGAGGCAGCUAGACCCCGUCCUUCACACCUACCUCUGCUGAAGAACAUGUAACGCACCACGGCCAUCUUAGUAAAAAUUUUAAAAGGAUGACCACUCAGAACAACUCUCUUGAUGACCAUUCUGUCUGGAUCCACUGACAAUAGAUGGCCUGUGGCAAUGAGACUGUGCAUUCCUAAGGGGCAAAGGCAGAGGGGCAGGAAGUCUAUUAAGUCAAAGCCUUCAUUCAGCGUCCAGUCUAUUUAAAGACCUAUGCAAGAUCUUUGAAAAAUCUUUUUUUUUUUUCCCGUUAAUGGCUAUACUCACAGCAUAUGGAAGUUCCUAGGCCAGGGACUAAAUCCGAGUUGCAGCUACUGUGCCAGGUUGGGUAUGGAACCCAUGCCUCCUCAGCAACCAAAGCUGCUGAAGUCAGAUUCUUAACCUACUGUGCCACAGCAGGAAUCCCCUUUUUCCUUUCCUUCCUUCUUUCUUUUUUAAAAAAUUCAGGACAUCUUAAAGAAGGGAUAUACUAUGCUGCCCUCCUGGGUCCAUGGCAAAGAUGACUACGUGACAUGCCUGCUGAGCCUGUCCUCAGAACCUAGCCUAAAUAUAGCAGCCUCUACCAAUUAGCCAAGGUUUGCAAACAAGAUAAAACCUUAUUUGUCAUCCCUGCCUCAGACCCACUCUGAGGCUGAGAUUCAGACAUUUUGAAAACAACCAUUACCUUGCUCCCAAAUGUAAAUAAAGCAGUUUAAACUUAUUAAGACUUGCAGGCCUAUUUAUCUCUGUGAACUCAACUUACCAUUGCUGUUCUGUUUGAAAAGCAGCACAGAUGCAGGAGGAAAGGUGAUUGGGGCAUAUACUGUCACCACCAGGGCCAUGUCAGCAGUCAAGAAUCUCUGAAAUUUAUGUUUAUCCGCUGCCAUAAUAGAGGUUAAAAAAUAAAAACCAAAAAGUAAUUUGAGAAACAAUAGAUAAUCCAGAGGCCUAUUAUGACUGCAACUCUUAAACCUAAGGCAACUAGUGUUUCUUUAUCCUACAAGUUUUCCAAAUAUCUUCUGGCCUCAAUACAACCGAAAGAUACAACUCAAUCCUAUCAGAGUGAUUUUUCAACUGGAGGCAGAAUCUUGGAGCUUGAACAAAAGUUUUUCAGGUGACUCUGAUACCCAUCACUUCUACCUCAUUUGAGAAUCAGUGCUUUACAGCAAAGCACCCCACUAACUCAACAGCUCUUAGUCUUGAGCAAGGACUGGCAUACAUUUCUAUGAAGUGUCAGAUAGUAAUUAUUUCAGGCUUUGUUCCAACUAUUCAACUCUGUCAUUGUAGCACAAAAAAGCACAGACAAUACAUUUUUAAAAAUUAAAUUUAAAAAUACAACUGGGGAGUUCCCGUCGUGGCGCAGUGGUUAACGAACCCGACUAGGAACCAUGAGGUUGCGGGUUCGAUCCCUACCCUUGCUCAGUGGGUUAACGAUCCGGCGUUGCCGUGAGCUGUGGUGUAGGUUGCAGAUGCGGCUCGGAUCCCGCGUGGCUGUGGCUCUGGCGUAGGCCAGCGGCUACAGCUCUGAUUCGACCCCUAGCCUGGGAACCUCCAUAUGCCGCGGGAGCGGCCCAAGAAAUGGCAAAAA